AUGUUGUCAAGUCGCCAUGACGCAUUGAGCGUAUCAGGUAUCGGGAACCGAGCAAGAGGAGAGCCGAAGAACUCAGCAUCUGGUAACAAUGCCGAAUGGUCGUCUGGUGACCAAGCUUAUAAUAUCACUCAGUUCCUAUUGGAAGUGAUGAAGAAGGACUCUCACCUUUUCCAAAACAGUCCCUCGCUAACCUUACCAAAAUUUAAGUCUAACGAAGUGUCGCUGGAAAAGAAUCUUGGGCAGGGGGAAUUUGGAGUCGUAUUUUCGAUAGAUGCGAUUCAUACCAAGGUUGACGAAGAAGAAGAAGAAGAGACACCCAAACAUGAUCGGCGCUCGGUGUCUCCUGAAAACGAGACCAGCGCAACCGAUGACGAAACUGAGACGGCAGACGACAGCCUCCGGAUUGAUGACAACCCUCAUCAGAACGACGAGCCCUUGGCAGUCGAGAUUUUUAUGGAUUGUAAAGGAAUCGGUCUCAAGGGUGCCCUCCCUCCCGGUCUUGAGCAACGAGACCUGGAGCUCUUGCUAGAGCCCAAUGUUUCGAAAGGUUACAUGCGUAAACAUAUCAUGCGGGGUGGAAUGUCUCGAUACGCCAUCAAACGACUAAAGAAGGAUUUGAGAGGACCCACAUUAACCCAAGCCACAGCCGAUUUGGCUUCUGAAGCCAACUUUCUAAUGACGCUUCGCCAUCCUAACAUUUGUAGGAUGAGAGGAACCAUUGGAGAGCCUGGAAAGAGAGGAUUUUCCAUUGUAAUGGACCGCCUGACCCUGACGCUUCGGGAGAAGAUGGUGGAAUGGAAGAAAAAAGACGAUAGUGGGUCGCUCUUUUCCAAACUGAAGAAGAUACUUGGGAACCAAUCAAAGAGCAAGCUAGAAGAAAAGCUGAUGUUCCAAAGAGAGAUCUAUGGAGAAAAGCUAUUGGCAGCAUAUGAUGUUGCAAGAGCACUCCGAUACCUGGCCGAUCAUUCCAUUGUCUUUCGAGACCUAAAGCCUGAGAAUCUUGCUUUUGAUCUGCGUGGAGACUUGCGUCUAUUCGACAUGAAAUCUCCUGGAAUGUACAAAAUGACAGGUCAGACAGGAAGCCGUCGAUACAUGGCGCCUGAAGUCAUGGUGUACAAGGAUUACGGUUUGGCUGUUGAUGUUUACUCCUUUGCAAUCAUGUUUUGGGAGAUGAUGUCAAAUCGCGAUGCAUACUUUUACAUGGGUCCUGAGAAGCACUUUGAGACGGUUGUUACGCGAAGGAAACGACCCAAUCUGAAGAAGAUGAUUUCGAAGAAAGUAGCUCCACAAGGUUCGAUUAUGUGUGGUUUGAUUGAGAAAUCUUGGUCACAUGAUCCCAGCAAACGACCAGGAAUUCAAAAGAUAUGUGAGGAACUCUUCUCUGAGAUUAUAAGUGUAUCCAAUGAAGAAGGCAAAGCAGUCGAUCGAUCUUCACAUCUCGCAGCUGGAAGCCUAAAGAGUCGGAUUGACGAACCUUUGUGGUGUUGA